AUGUCGAUACUGGUUGGAAGUCAAAGCAAUUAUUUAUUAUUCAGGUCUAUCAAUAAAUAUAGUUCAUUAACCUCUAAAGAUAAAGUUACGAUACAGUAUACUGAACGGUACCAUGGGCUAAGAUAUGAGAAGGGCUACGUAGAUUAUAGUUUACUUGAUGAUAUCCUCAGGAGUCAUUUAGCUGAUGUGGAUAUGAUACAAAGCAUGCACUUGAAAAACUACAACGACUAUCCAUUCACGACGAUGGUGACGACUACGAGGCUAAAUGGAGGCAAAAUGUGUUUCACAAUUGUGCAAGAUUUCAACGUUUGA